AUGUUCUAUAACAAUAUCAUCGCUGCCUGGGUGCUUAUCGCAGCAUCUGUGUCCUCGGCUCAAAUGGUCGAGUUCGAUGUCUCCAUCGGCCAGUUCUACAUUGAAUGCUCCAAGGGUGCCUACUGUUUGAUCGACGAGAACAGCACCUUCGGCUUAUUCGCACUGGAGCCCACGGUGGAAGAAGACGAGAGUAGGUUUUCCCCAUCAACUGGAUAUUAUUUUGCAGAAGACGGUGGAGAUUUGGGCGGAUUCUGCAAUUCGGGCGCUUGCUAUUCUACCUGCGAUGAAGCAUGUGUCUGUGUCACGGAUCCUACAAAUGUCCUGGUCAUCGGCAGCGACAACUCGACAUCAUUCAACAGUGGAGGUCUAUCCCCCGAUAGUCCUAAUGCAGUUCCCUGUGCCAUCACUGAAAGUUUUCCCGAUGCUGACAUUGCGACCCCUGACGAAUUUGUCACGUACGAGAGCUCGGUUCAAAGUCCGGGUCGUCUGGCUGUGCGGUGCACUGACCAAUAUGCCACCUGCACAAGCCCCGGCAAUUCCCAGUUUACCUCUGUUGCCACUGUGAGUGGCGACUAUUCAUAUGCUAGAGAUUUCCAAGAUUGCAGCCCUGUUGAUGGAAUCUGCUACAUGAGUUGUGAUCCCAGGUGCGAAUGCCAAGAAACCAAUGCAGCCGGCGAGACCCUACCCUGUAAAGAGGGGACUCCUCCCACUUCAUCUCCUACUGUAGCCCCAGCCACUGAAACAGCAGCAUCCCCAGCGCCAACAGCUGCCUCUGCUGCUGCUUCGACCACCCAUGUAAGGUCGACGAUUGCCAUUCUUGGGUCAUUGGUUGCCACCAUUGUAUGGUAA